GCUGCGUCUCGCCACAGAGCCCGUGAUGUAACCCGCUCGAGUAGUGUCGCGUUUAAUCCGGUGAGUGGAGCUGUUGGCUCGGUUUGCUGAGGCGCUCCGUUUAAAGCCCUGAAGUAGGAAACGCUCAGACUAAUGGCGUCUUCACAACAAAUCGGACAAAUCAGCUGAUUCUUCACAACUACACGGAGACCUGGGUUCUCCAGCAGCAGCACAACGCAGCACAGCACAGCAGAGCAGAGCUUCAGCUUGAUGGGCUUAUUUAAGCUAAAUAGACUGGUCAUAAUUCAGAUGGUCUCCGUGAGGUCAGGACCUGUCAAGGCGGACAAUGCCUCCCCGCAGUCUGUGCGAGGUUUAUUCGCUAGCUAAAAUGUCCAUCCACCCUAACGCUACAUGUUUAGCUAGCAGUCUAGCUGGCCGCUGCACUGUAGCUUAGCUAGCCAAGCUGCUCUUAACUGGCUGAGCUCCAGUCUCUUUUGGCAAUAAUCUGUGGAGGGCUACGCACUCAAACACACACAGCCAGUUUGUAGCUCGGGAAGUUCAGCCAAACUCGGACCGCUUCUCUGAACGUUAGCCCCGUGGUGAGCAGCCAUGACCACAGCCCGGUACCGGCCCACCUGGGACCUGGCUUUGGACCCACUGGUCUCCUGCAAGCUAUGCCUAGGAGAGUUCCCUCUGGAGAAGAUGACCACCAUCACACAGUGCCAAUGUGUCUUCUGCACUCUGUGCCUGAAGCAGUAUGUGGAACUUCUCAUCAAAGAAGGCCUUGAAACCGCUAUUAGCUGCCCAGAUUCUGCAUGCCCAAAACGAGGGCACUUACAAGAAAAUGAGAUUGAGUGCAUGGUGGCGACAGAGAUCAUGCAGAGAUACAGGAAGCUGCAGUUUGAAAAAGAGGUGCUUCUAGACCCUUGCCGGACAUGGUGCCCAUCAUCAUCCUGCCAGGCUGUUUGCCAGCUGAAAGAAGCCGACGCAACUCGGCCACAGCUGGUCCGCUGCAGCAACUGCACCCUGGAGUUUUGCUCAGCCUGCAAGGCCAGCUGGCACCCAGACCAGGACUGCCAGGAGAACCCCCCAAUCACCGCCUUCCUGCCAGGGGAGACCAGUUCUUUCUUUAAAAGUGAUGAGGAUGAUGCUCCUAUCAAGCGCUGCCCCAAAUGUAAAGUGUACAUUGAGAGAGAUGAAGGCUGUGCCCAGAUGAUGUGCAAGAACUGCAAGCAUGCCUUUUGUUGGUACUGUCUGGAGUCUCUGGAUGACGACUUUCUCCUCAUCCAUUACGACAAAGGACCCUGCCGCAACAAGCUGGGCCACUCCAGAGCGUCUGUAAUCUGGCACAGAACACAGGUUGUUGGUAUCUUUGCUGGCUUUGGCCUGCUGUUGCUAGUAGCUUCUCCCUUCCUGCUGCUGGCUACACCGUUCGUCCUGUGCUGCAAAUGUAAAUGCAGCAAAGGGGACGAUGACCCCUUACCCACCUAACCACCCACUGCACGGAGGAUAUGCUGCAGGGGCUACUCUGGCCAACUCCUUUCGUAGCUUUUGUUUGUUUUCUUUCUUUCUCUCCCCACUCACCCUCCAGGCUGGAGCUGUUCAUUGGCGGGCCUGCGCAUCUGUAGCCGCAUCACGACCCAUCUCAUGCCAUGGUCUGGCUCAGUUCUGGCUCAGGAGGGAGUGGUUUGUGGUCAGGCUUUUUGUUAAGAGGGACUGUGCCGCUAUGCAGAAGGCCGGAGAGGCGGAGUCGGUGAACCACGCUCUCAGCAAUGUGGGUGUGACUCUUGGAGGAGGAAGGGCCUGGUGGUUGUUUCGUUGUGGAUUGUUGGACGUUUUGCCUAUAUCCUUGGGAGGAGGCGGUUUCUGGAAUGACAGAGCUGCUUAUGGAGGGCUGCUUCUUCUUCUUCUACUUCUCUUUAAAAGGACUACUGCAAUUCAUGUAGCUCUGUGUGCAUAGUAGCACUUGGGUCACUCAACACUUUGCCCUGGUUCACACUGUCUCGUGUGCGCACACACAAGGGGCUAUACUAUAUAAUUGUGUCACUUUAAGGUCUGCAGUGUGUCAACAGGGACUUUGUUUAAAUGUACAGUGUGAUUUUUAUCUCAACAGCUGAACUUACUAUAUCUUGUUUGAAGAUGCGUGAUGUUACUACUACUUAUUUGUACAAGGUUACGAAGCUCUCCAGCUCUCUAAGGUUGCGCUUUAGUUUGUGUUGCAGAUUGUGUUGGCCAUUGAGGCCAUUUUCAGUUCAUUACCAAUGUGGAUUUUUUUUUUUACGUUUACUAAAUUGCACACUUUGUAAAUCUAACCAUUAAGUUAGUAUUGAGCAUUAACUUUCUGAUUUAAAGCAUCCUCGAUGUUUGCAUUAACAAUCCCAUUUUUAAAUUACAUUUGAUUAAUCAAAGCUUUAUUGCUUUCAUUAAAGCUUCUUAACAAAGAGAUCCAAUUUACCUUAAACAAGCUGGUCUAUAAUGGUCAAGGUUAAAAAAUCUGGGCAACUAGAUGAAAACAUACAGCUCUGGAACAAAAUAAGAGACCACUUCAGUUUCUGAAUCAGUUUGUACAUUGUUAUUUUAUUCUAAAACUACGGACAACAUUUUCCAAAUUCCCCCCAAAAAUAUUGUCAUUUAGAGCAUUUAUUUGCAGAAAAUGAGAAAUGGCUGGAAUAACAAAAAAGAAAACAAGUUAAUAUUAUUAAGUUUUAAGAGUUUAGAAAUCAACAUUUGGUGUAAUAACCAUGGUUUUUAAACACAGUUUUCAUCCAUCUCUGCAUGUUAACCUCCACCAGUCUUGCACACUGCUUUUGGAUAACUUGAUGCCACUCCUGGUGCAAAAGUAAUGGACUUUAAAUACUUAAGAAUAUGCAGGCAUUAGAAUUAUAAUACAUAAAAUGUUCAACAUAUCCUAAAGGCAUAAAUAAAUAAAACCACUCUUUUUAAACAAAAUCGACAUCCUGGCCACUCAAUAUUAAUGUUAAAAGAACAGGCAAUAUAUUGUUCAAUAAAUCAAUAACAUAAUGAUCGUGACAGGCUUACUGAUACUUUAGCUGUUUACCAGCUCUUCACAAGCAUAAUAUAUGUUUCAUUUGAUUUUGGUCAUGCUCGCAGACCAGCUUGUAGACCAGGGGUGAAUAAUAUCAGUCCUGGAUUGCGUGAUUCCUGCUCAGAUUUGUGCUUUUCCUUUCCAAGCACACCGAAUUCAACUCUAAUGAUAAUUUCACCAUGUUUGGUAGAUCCAGUUGAGCAUAAUUGGCAAUAAAGUGUGUCGGAAUUCAGCCCCUGUUGCCCACCCUGUUGAAGAACAACCAUCAAUCUCAAUGAUAUCCACAUGUCUAAGUUCAUGUAAGCCUAAUUCAUGUAAGCAUAUCUGGAGGCCAUGCCUAUGUAUAUCACAACGACGUACUGUACAGUAAUCCUGUAUAAUCUAUGUCAGAUGGUUGGAAACUUGCAUGUCUGUUUCUCACAUGUCAGCUUUUAUGACUGGAAACAGGAGCCAAAAAAAAGAUAAAAUAAAAAAAAAACUACAGUCGCUGUAAUUCUGGCAGGGAUUGUCCUAAACUCUGGCUGAUUUCAAGACUGUUCGGCCUGUGCUCAUUUAAGUCUAGCACUAUAUCUAUGCAAGUUUGUACAACUUGAAGAUUGCAGAACAUGUGGUUUGUGCUGUCCUUUUGUGCAUUCACAAGUGCUGUAGGCAAAAACACGCCCUCUUUGGGGCAUGAAGAUGCAGUGCAGCCACAGCUACUCUGUCCAGAACUGUCAAGCUUGCCUUGGGCUUUAACUUUCUGUAACUAUCUGUAACUUUCUACCCAAACUGUAACUAAAAGGACAAUGAUAUGAGUCUGAGCUUUUUACAGAGAUAUUAGAUGCGUAUUAUCCUGUCUUCAUAUCAGAGGCUUGCCUACAGCACUUAGACUGACCCUAUUUGUUUACAACAGGUCACUUUGUGUGAAUAGUAUCUGGAUUGUAUCUUGAUAAGAAUUUAGCCACAUGCAUUUAACGUUACACUUUGUAGUCAAAAGUGUGGAAUAUGUGAAUUUGUUAGUUGUGCAACAAUUCUGAGUCUAGGAGAGAGAUGGCUGCAUUUACUCAUAUAUGUUUUGUAUGUGCACCUUAUCUGCAGUUAUCUAUUUAUUCAAGUAGUCAUGUAAACAGCAUACUCUGAUAAAAAAAAAAGAAUACAAUACUGCAGCAAAACGAACAUUACAUUUAAUUUGGCAGUGUUAUUUCAUAGUCACUGGUCCAACGUGUCAUGAUAUACUAACAAUGCAUUUAUAUAUCCAGAUCCAGAUAUUAUCUGUCUUUAGUAAAUAUUUAAUGGAAAUGAGAACAGUCUGAAUUUCCCUGUUGCUACAAAUAGCAAAAAAAAUGUACACUAUUAAUAACUAUUAUAUAAAAUCAGAAAGAUUUGGCAAUAUUUUUGAGUAUAAUAUGAUAUGGCACACCCCUUACUAUGAGUAGUUACUACUUUAGGAUCUCGUCUUCUUUCUCAGUCUCUCUCUCUCUCUCUCUCUCUCUCUCUCUCUCUCUCUCUCUCUCUCUCUCAGUAUAACAGAGUAAGUUCCCAUUUGGCUCAAAUAGUCCUAUACAUUGUCUCAUAGAUCAUUACGAAAGUGUGAGAACCAUUUAUUGUUUCACAUCAUUUAGAACCCCCAGCAUUACAUUAAACCGUUCACUUUCCAGGCUCAACCCAGGAACAUUGUUUUCAGUUUAAUGAUCUAUUCCUUACGUGGUUUUGAGUGAUCCAUCAAAGUUGUGUCUGACUUGACUUACAUGUGGCUAUGCUUUAUCCAGAUAUAAUCCUGAUACUUAAGAUGCAUUAAGUGACCAGGUGUAAACAGUGUUUUAAAUGGUGCAUGUGUUAUUAGAUGCUUUUGUGCCAUCAUAUCACUAAAUCCGAAAAAAAAAAAAAAAAAAAACAAGAAAAAAUCUCAAUCAGCAGUGCUGACUCUGUUACAUCUUGAAAAGCGAAGGUUGUGUUGAUGUAGCUGGACGAUGAUGUAGCUCGCUAGAGUCCUUUACAACUUUUCCUGUUACAUUUAUACCUAAUAACAGAAAAUGUGCCAUACUGAGGGAUUGAUAUGAUUGGAUAAGCAUCUAUCUGUCUCUACUAAGGUUUUUUUAUGUCUAUUUUUGUCAUCACAAUAAUUGUAUGGUUCUUUAGUUUGGGUAUCUAAUAUUGUUGUGGUCAGUAAUUAGUUUAAUACCAUUUUCUUUAGUAGCUAUCUUCAUUGGGACUGGUUUUGCCUUACGUUUUCAGUACCUCACUUCACUGUUUCUUCAGUUGUAGCUGUUUGUUUUUUUUUUUUUUUUUUUUUUUUUUUUUUUUUUCCCUUCAUAAACUCAGGUCCUCACGGAUUAGCAUUUUUUGUCACUAUUGAUAUAUAAUUUUUUUUUUAUCUGUAUCAACAGUAGAUGUCAUUUUGAAGUUCAUCUAUGGAUGACAAUCGUGCCAAGCAGGUUUCUAAGAUGCUGAUUGGGGGGUUGCAUUAUUUUAUUUUUAUUUUUUGACAUGGUGAAGAAACACCUACUUCUUCUAUAGGUUUGUAGUAGAUUUGCCCCUCAGUUUUGUUGUAUGAUCUAUUUUUAAAGGGCCUGUUCUGUGUACAGUACGUGUGUAAACAGUUCUUGGUUUCAUUGUGAAUUCAUGUAUUGUUGUUUUCUCCUUAAACUCUUCUUCAGGGAUUAAUUUGCAAGUCCACAUUUGGUUUAUUUAGCUCUAUACUGAGGGAUAGAACCUAUUGACCACAUUUACAUGGUCAGUUCUUGUUCAUUUUUUUUUAUUUGCAAGAAAAAAAAGAGAGUAGCUGUGAAGCACUAUUACACUGUCUCACAAAAAAAGCCAGAAGUAAUGUUCCUCCUUUGUAGACGAAUUACACAGGGGAAGUAGGUCAUUUUUAUUUGUUCUGCUGUCUGACAUCUGUCUGGUUUAAGACAGCUGUAUAGAGAGUGCAUUUGUAUAGUUUUACAGCUAUGGUUAAUCUUUUUAAAUGCAUGCCUUUUCUUGUAUACUUCAGAAGGUUAAUUGUGAGGGCGAUGUCUGUCUGUAUGUCACUCCCCAGCUUUUGCUAUUCCAAAUAUCAUUUCUGAACUGUAUACUUGCUUUAAAAAUGACAGAAUGUAUGUGCAUUGCCAUGUAACUUUGGUGACGUUGGCAGUGUUGUACCCUUUGCUCCUUUUGCCUUUUUUUUCUUCUUUAGAUGGCCUUUAAUGUGUAAUUUGUUUGGUUUUUAUACUGCAUAGAUAAAAAAAAGAAAUAUUUAAUUGUAUUUUCUGUAUAUUGGAGGAAACAAAUCCUACCUGUACAGUUGUAAUCUAAUAAAUUUGCAUGUGUGUAAAGUCUUGCAUAAAUACUAAAAUACACAUUUUGCUUCCCCUCAGAA